GACAUUGAUCUGAACCAUUGUCGCAUCGGAAAGAUUCGUAACUUGGAUCAAACGACAAAUGCUGAGACGUUGUGCCUGCGGCAGAACCUGGUGAAGAAGAUUGAGGGUCUCAGCUCAUUGAUACACCUCCGAGAGCUGGACCUGUAUGACAACCAGAUCACUAAGAUGGAGAAUCUGGAGGCGCUGGUCAACCUGGAACAUUUAGAUCUGUCCUACAAUCGACUGCGCAAGAUUGAAGGUCUGGACGGAUUAACCAACUUGAGGAAAUUGUUCUUGGUUAAUAACAAAAUUGGUAAAAUAGAGAACAUCAAUCAUCUGACUCAGCUGGAGAUGUUGGAACUUGGAGCAAAUAAAAUCCGGGUUAUCGAAGGAAUCAACCAGCUUGUAAAUCUGCACAGUUUGUUCCUGGGCAAGAACAAAAUCACCAAACUGCAGGGUCUCUCUACACUGGUCAAGCUGUCCUGUCUCAGUGUACAGAGUAAUCGUCUGUUGAAGGUAGAGGGUCUUGAGAACCUAACAGAACUGGAUGAACUGUACCUAAGUAAUAACGGACUGGAGAACAUUGAAGGACUAGAAAGUGUAACCAAGCUCACGACUCUGGAUUUGGCAGCCAACAGAAUAAAGAAAAUUGAAAACGUUGGGCAGCUCGAAGACCUGGCAGAAUUUUGGUUCAACGACAAUCAGGUAGACUCGUGGGAAGAGGUGGAGGCCCUGACACAGCUCAAGAAGCUGGAGACGGUGUACCUGGAGAGGAACCCACUCUACUUUGGUGCCGACAAGCGACAGGACCCCAAUUACCGCAGAAAGGUCAUGCUGGCCCUGCCCUGGGUGCGACAGAUAGAUGCCACCAUGGCGAGAUGAUGAUUACAAGUGUAGCGUAGGGGUUUUUUUUUCCGUGUUUGUCUCGGUUAACGUCAUGAUGUUUAAAAUAUAUUUAUUAUUUCUUCCUGGUAUGAGAUAUUUGCUACUGAAGGAGGUAGGGUCCACCUGGUUUCAGAGGAAAACUUAGCGAGAAAAUGACUACCUAAAUUUGGUGACUUCCAUAGCUUGAGAGUCCUUCGAAACGGGAAAAAUGUACAUUUUUUGUGCCUUUGAUCAACAUUUUUCAGUAAAAUCCUUACAAAAAUGUUUUUAAUAAAUGUAAAAGGUGUUGAGUCUAACAACAAAAAUUCUAUAAAAAUUGCGCAACCAACGGAAAAAUGCUGGUGUCUUUGAUUUUGUUAUUUUGACGAGCAUCACUGAUUUCUCUCUCUCACAAUUGUUCAGAUUCGACUAUGAUUUUUGUAAUCAUCAUUUCAUCAUGGUACAGUAGUCUCCGCCUAGACACAGGGUUCUCGGGAGGGCUCUUCAGCAUGUGUUUAUACAGAGCGUGGGUUUACAUAAAGGGAUGCAGUCAUCUCAAUUCCUUGAUAUUCUAGUUACCUCCCUUUGGGGUGGGGGUCAUUUUGGCCUAUAAUGUGACAACGCUUGACUAUUUUGUGAAGGAUUCCCCGGCUGCAGUUAGGAAUACAAAUGUGUUGAAUAGGUGUGUGUGUGUGGUUGGGGGGUGCAGAAAGACAUACUCAAUGUAAUGAAUUGCACCAUAAAAUGUCGGAAACAGAUAGGCCAAGAGGAAACUGUUAGUGAUAGUCAUAGAGACGAUGGCCCUGCCAUGUGGCUUUCCAAGCGACCACACCCAACCGUAAAUUCAUGGACGACAUCAGAAUCAUAGAUCUCUACUUUCAAAGAAACAUUUCUCUUGUGAUUCGUUCAACGAGUACGUUAUAAGCUCUUCGAGCGCUGCCGAUUAGGCUUUUAUUUGACUAUUCUUUAAUCCUGUAGAGGCCUAUCUAGUGUUUUGCAGCAUUCACGCGUGUUACACAUUGUAGACCUAGGUCUAACUAUAUGUUUCAUGCAGCCACUCAAACACCAGUCAGAAACCUUCUCGAAGAUGCAUUUCCAGUGACCAAUCAAAAAACUUUUCAGUUUCCCAAUCCCCCAACAUUUCACCGACCAGUCCUAGACCUAUGUGUCUGGAAAGUUGGGUGUGAAAAUGCUGUCAUUAACUCUUUUUGUUCGGCGUGAGAGGCAGUCUCACCAAAUAUCCGGUUUUCUAGGCUUGUCUUAUGCAAGCUGUGCAGGUUGUAGUGAAAAUUUCUUUUUGUCAAGCUUUACCUGUCGGCGUGUUUUGCGGAUCGAAGCGUGCGUUUAUAAGGAGUGUGCGUGCGUUUGUACGUUUAGAUUACAAAGUAAAAACAGCUGUCAUAUGACGAAAGCGUCUGUUUCAGCAGAGCGUGCUUUUGUAUGGCAUGCGUUUAGGCGGAGACUACUGUAUGUUUUUUUUUUGGUUUUUUUAUUAUUUCUUAAGGGCAUGUUUACAACAUCUAUUGUUUCUUCAUUUAUCAUCAUCAUUUAUUCUAGCCAACAUUUAACCCUCCAAAUGCCCAAUACAAUGCACUGUGGUGUCAAGGCUUAUACUUACGGUUUUAGAGUAAAGAUAAGAAAAAAAAGAAUAGCAUUAGAAGACAGCAAAUAAGGUACUGAUAACUAUACAUUUUCUGAUAGCUUAUGAGUUGAAGAGUAUUUUUAUAUUCAUCUUCAUCUUCAAUUCUUUCCACCCCUGGCAGGGUAUAGGUCACAUACAAGCUUCUUCCAUUUAUCUCUGUCCUGGGUAAUCUUUCCAAACUGGUUCCAAGAGAGCUUCAUCUAUCUCAUUUUUACACAACUGUGGGUAAAAAAAACUGAAUGUUCUAUUGACCUUGACCUUCUGUCAUGGGCAGUGAACGUCAGAUUGUAUUUUGUUUACAAAUAUGUCCCUAUAUCCCUGAGUUUAUUUCUUAUGAAUAUAAGACCCCUUUCAGCAUAUUCUACAGGUUAUAAGCUUUCCAAAAAUGUAAAGUUAUGGCUUAUGAUGAAAAAUAGAAUUUUUAUACUUUUUCAUUCAUAGCAUUUCAUGUCAUUUUCUAACAAUAAAUUCAUGGUAAUGAACAUGGAGUACACACUUUUCUUCUCUUUUAUACAAAUGAAAUUAAAACAAAUAAAUCAAACUAAGUGAAAUUUGGUCUCUUAUAAUGCUACAGUGGAGUCCACUUAUAAUGAGUCCUGAAAUAACGAGAAGUCUGUUAUAAAGACACUAUUCUAAAAACCCGUUUUUUCCCUUCUUUAUCUUUGUAAAAACAAUACUGCUGUAGCGCAAUCGGACGAACACGGGAGUCGGUUAUAGCGGAUUAUUGCUGCUGCUGUGCACAGCGCACUGGCCAGUUGUAAUAAACCUCGCCAGUUGAGAAACUUGUCGGUGAUUUAGUGAAACUUAGGGCCUUACAUCAACUCCUUGAACAAAACAAAGAAUAGGAGAGCCCACGUUUGCCAACAAUGAAGGCCGGAGCGAAUGAGUGGGGAGGGUGUGAUAAGCGCAGACAAGCAGAACGCAUUGUGUGAUAGGCCAGCCUAGUCUAGAUUAUCUAGGCCUACCGCUACGGUGACUAUGGAGAGGUCACAAUGCUGUGGUGGAUGGAGUGAAUGUGUAGUAAUGUGCGCAAGCAGACAAAACACACCACAGGGUGAGGUGGGUUAGGGGACAACACAGCCGGCGAGUUAGCCCAGAGCGCAUUCUUUCUGAUCGCCAACGCCAUGCUGUCAACAUCACUAGCGCUUGAGAAAGAAACCCGAUUCGAUUUCUGAUCAAGUAAGACCUAGAGGUCAUGUACAACAAUGUCGUCAUCAGGGGAGAUAACAAAAAGAAAUAAACAGAACACCAAACAUAGAUUAGGCUUACUUUAUUAUUUCCAUUGAAUUUAUUACUGGAUUCCUUAUAACGACAAUCCUGGUAUAACGGACAUUUCGCACCGGUCCCCUCCCUCUCGAUAUAACAGGAUAACUGUAUUGUACAUGUAUUAAAACUGACCUUACACGUGCCUCAUCUUGGGAGCCAAAUUCUGAUCUGUGAUGUGCUCUAAUAAAUCUAUUAGUUUCACUCACG